CUGUGCACUGUGAGUUGUGACUGUGUCUGGACUGUGAAUCAAAGAUGGGCAGAAACAAUGCAUCCAAAUCUCAGAAAAAGGAUAAGACGAAGGUAAAGCUCUCUGAUGAAAAGUCUCAAGACUUGGACUCGGAGACAAAGAAAAUAACUUCACAUCUACCAAAGAAAGGUGAUGGCGAUGCUGCUUCCUUAAAAGAGGAGCAGAAACAGAAGUUGAGCAGGACAAAGAAGUCUCAGAAAAACAAAACUACAUGUAGUGAUGAUAGUGUAAACAAAACAGAGGCUUCCAAGACGUUUAGCAAGGAAAAGGUUCCAAGCCCGAAAAAGAACACAAGGAAAAGGGAAUCUCCAAGGUUUUUACCAAGUCCACUGGCUAAGAUAGUUCCUAUAUUUGGAAAGAAAAGACAUGCUGUGCAAGCAAGUCUUAGUCAGGAAGAUGAAAGACAGGAGAGUCCCACAAACACAAGUGAUUCACAGACUGGAGCAGAGGGUGGGAUAGAAUCUAUUUCUUUGGAUGUUACUGUCAAGGAAAAGGAUGAAAAGGGGGAGAUUGUUCCAAAGAUCUGUUCGAGAUCAGAUGAAGAGCUUAGAGAAAGUCAAUGUCUUGUGACAGAUUCCAAAGUUGAUCUUCCUAUCGUGAGCCAUGAAACAUCUGGAGAAAGUGAGGAUGUUUCAAAGGGGUCAGCUGAUGAGCCAAAAUUUGUGCCUUUCCAAGACGACAUUCAAUCAAAAUCUGAUGCCUUGACAGAUGAAAAUAAUGAUCAUGAUAGUGAAGAGGACCAUGAUAAAGAAUCUGAAAUAGAUGAUUAUGUGAUCCAAGAUGAAGCUAACUGUGAGAGAGAUGCUAAGGAAGAGAAUGUAAAGGAUCCUUUAAUGGUGAUUAACAAAGAAGAAGUGAUAGUGUGUCAGGCUGCUUCAGAAGAGAUCAGAGUAGUAGGUCAGUCAGGGUCCAAUGAAGAUCAUCGUGAACGCAAUGCCUUUGAUGACAGUCAAGAAUCAGUUGGUAGAGGAAUGUUGAGAGAUGUAGCAGAGGAUGGCUGCCCAGUCAAAGCCGAGAAAGCUGGCACAGAACAUGAACCCAUUAUUUCAGAUAAUGUGACAUGUUCCAGCAUAGAUGAAAUAAAGAUUCAUUCAGACUCGGUAAAUAUUGAUGGUAACCAAGAUGUGGAUAAAGAACAAAAGUGGAUAAAUUCACCUGGUAACACUGCAUUUGUGGAUAUUUGUACAGUUACUGGGGCAAAUGUGCCUGUUUGCAUAGAUAAUGAGGUCUCUAAAUACAGUCCUGUUAAGGACCCUAAAUGUGAGGUUAAUGAUUCAGUCCAAGAGCAACACGUAUCAAGUGAUAGAAAAGAUGGGGAACAUGUGAACAUAGAAGACAAGGAAGAUGUGCAUAAUUGCAUUCCAGAAGGAAAAGACAUUAGUCAGACAAAAACUGAUACAACAGUGUCAUGUGGUAACUCUAAAUCUCGUUUAGGUAUUACAUCAGAUCCUCAACAUAACUUAACCCACAGUGAGCUGCCUCAAGAAUUGUAUACAAGAGCUGAUGAAAUGGAAGUGGGAGUAGAAAGAGUAGGCAAUGUGAACAUUGCAGAGAAAUCUGAUGAAGGAACUGGUGACCUGCUAAUGUACAAUCCUAAUUCAAACCUACAGUGUACAUCUACUGAAGAUAUGAAUGCACCAAGAUGGGAUAGUACAUCGGUCUCUUCAAAUAAUCCUCAGUCUUGCAAUGAUAGAGUUCCACAAGCAAAUGGCAAUAUUGAUGGUGAAAUCGAUGGGUGCUCAGAUCCAUUGUGUGGGUCUACCCAGCAAUUUGAAGUUCCUCUUGAAACCAAUCCAUCCAGUUCUCAAGGUGAAAAUGCUAUGAAGAUCUGCGAUAGUGGUGAUGGAGAGAAACCAAACAAAUCUGACAACUCUUCAGGAUUGCAAGGGAAAGGAGACAAUAAGGAAGCGAAACUUAAUGAAGGCUGCGGAACAGAUGAUAAAACAACUAUACCAUCAUUCAACUUGGAUGUACCACAGUUAUUGUGCAAGAAGAUCACAGGUAUGAGCACAUGGUUAACUGGAUCCAUUCCCCACUUUAACGAUCUUUGA